AUUGAGUCUAAUUGGGUGGGGUGGUUCAAGUAUGUACUUGUACAAGGCUACUACUAGGUAGUUAUGUAUUGCACCUAUGUGUGUGCACGUCAAAGUCAAGCUAGCUGCAUUAAAAAAAAAUAUUACGAAAGGCUACACUUUAAUACUUGACUUUACCUUCCUAUCAUUGAAUGUAAAUAUCAUAUCUGAAGAAGCAAUUUUACCGAGCUUCCAUAAACUUGCAUCGCAUACUCUUUACACUACCGAAAACUACUUCUAUCAUCACUUAUUGUCACAUAUUCUGUUUCACAUAGUGAUCUCCCCUUCAUCGGUUUACCGAAUUACCCCUCCAUUUAUCACUCUCUCUUCUCUUUCAAAUCCUUCGCAAUGGUCCAGACGAGUACAGUAGUGUCGAUAUCAGCGGCGACAGCUGCGACAGGUCUCCUAGCAUAUGUCCUAUACUUUGACCACCAAAGACGCGCAGACCCCAACUUCCGACGAAACUUGCGACGAGAAGAGCGACGACAAGCGCGCGCUGAAAAGGAAGAAGUUGUUGCCAUGACCAAGCAAAAGAAGCAGGAUAUCCAACAUGUUGUCCAGCAAGCUGCCGAAGAAGGCUUCCCCACUGGUGUAAAUGAGAAGGAGCAAUUCUUCAUGGACCACGUUCAGAAGGGCGAGCUGCUAGCUGCGGAUCCUUCCCAAACGGUAGAAGCCGCAUUAGCAUUCUACAAGGCGCUUAAGGUAUACCCAACGCCCGGCGAUCUAAUCGCUAUUUAUGAUAAGACCGUGGAUAAGCGCGUUCUUGACAUCCUCGCUGAGAUGAUCGCAUACGACAAGAACCUAGACCUCGGCUCCGGCGGCGGUCCUAACAUUUCAGAUCUGCCCUCCGCGGGUCUGGACUAGGCAGAGGUACCUAGGAAUAGGAAUAGGAUAAUAGUAGUAGAAGUAGUAAAUACCUACUCGCCUUCUAUUCCUAAUCAAACUUUUUAACGAUUUUCCCCCCGUUGCCCUCUCUCCUCCACUCUACUUACCUCACGAAGAAAGAAAACAGCACAUGUCUUGGCGAAACAGGGGAAGGCUUCCACUACCCACCAUUACCACUGCCACUACCACUGCCACUACCACUACCUCGGGAUUGAUCUGAUUUGAUUGCUUGCUUGAUUGAUUAAUCGAACGAUCACGCAAGCUUUGAUAUAAUGGAAUCAAACCCCCUCUCUAAUCCCCAAAACAAGAAGAGAAGCCUCCUCCAUCUUACGCGAUGCGAUGGUGAUGUACGAUCGAUUUUUUCUUCUCCUCUUCACUUCUUUCUUUCUCUCUCCCUCUCUACCUCUAUGGAGUGAUGUGUCAGUAGAGAAGAAAGGAGAGAGAGCAUAGACAAAGAAAGAAAAGAGACAAAGAUAAUAAUAGCUUCCAUCCAUGUAUCAUAUAUGCCCCUAUCUUUCGGCCCAGCCUAGCCUAGCCUAGUCGUAUUACCAUCAUCCCCCUCCC